AUGAGCAGUCGGAAGAACAAUCAAUCAGUAAGAAAGAGAGUUCCGAAUGCGUGCACGCGAUGCCGCCAACAGAAGAUCAAAUGCAGGGGCUCUUUCCCUUGUGAACAAUGCACCAAGCGCAAAUUAGUCUGCAACUUUGACGAUAGCCAGCAGAAGAUAUUGGUGACGAAAAGAUUGAGCCAGUUGAGCAUCUGGUCAUUGUCACCCGAGCCUCGUCUCAUGAAUCCUUUUGCUCUGGGCGCUUCGGCAUAUGCGCCAGCCUCACGCGGUGAUGUGCCCGUAUAUCUAGGCACUUCAUCAAACUGGGCAUUUGGUCGACGGGUACUGGUCAUGUCUCAUGAACAGAUACUUGGCUCCAUGCCAGGGCAAGAGAGUUUAUUCUUUCAAAGUGAGAUAUAUGAUCUAGGAUGGGACGGCACCAGAGGACCCUUCGCCUCAACAUCUCCCAUGGAACCAGCUACUUUGCCAACGGCGGAUCAUGCCAUCUAUCUGAUCAAUGCCGUGAAGUUUCAUUGUGGGCAGAUGUUCCAUCUUUUCGACGAGGAGACUUUCAUGCGAUGUUUCGCAAUCUUUCAUGAUCCAACUGUGAUCGACAAAUCUUCCUUGAUGCCGCUAUGGUUUGUUCACUAUCUCCUUAUCCUCGCAUUUGGUAAAGCAUUUUUAGCCCGAGGAACAAGAGGUAGAAGACCUCCAGGCGCCGAGCUCUUUGUACAAGCUAUGCAACUGCUGCCGGAUACGACCUUCCUGUGCGUACGUCCUGUGCAGACCAUAGAGAUCUUGUGCUGUGCUUGUCUGUAUCUGCAAUCUUUGGACUACAGAAGUCCAGCAUACAUCCUCAUUCGACAAGCACUUGGUAUUGCCCUCGAACACGGCAUGCACACCGAUAUGCAAAGUCAACACAUUCCAGAACACCAUGUUCGAAGGUGUCGGAACAUUUUCUGGACUGUCUACAUCCUUGAUCGUCAGCUCUCAUCCUUGAUGGGGCUUCCCACAUCAAUCAGAGAUGAGGAUAUAAGUGCUGAGCUACCAUACGAUCCGUUGAAGUCGCAAAAAGCCAUGGCUCUCGAUAUCCAGGUCAAGCUUUCCCGAGUCAUCGCAAAGAUAGCUAACAACGUGUAUGGUCCUGAAGGACGUCUCGACGUCCGAUAUGUAGCAAACACGAAGGACGCCCUCAAAGACAUCGCUAGCGUCACUGAUCAGCUGCAUCGUUCAUUUGAUAUCAUGCAUGACGCCGGGGUUUCUAGGCUGGCAGCAUACCUCCACUUGCUCCAUCAUCAGUGCAUUAUUCUCGCGACGAGACCAUUGCUAUUCACGUUUCUAGAGGCAAAGCUUCAGUCGCGACAACUUGGUCAACGUCGCUACGAAAGCGUGAAAGCAUUGCUUCGGAUGUGCCUUGAAUCGUCCUUCCAGAAUCUAAGGAUACUGACUCAGCUUCAAGAACAAGGACUUCUAGAAUGCUUUCUAUCCUUUGACCUCGACUCAGCUUACAGUUCGACCCUGGUUUUACUAAUGGCAUCAGUAAUAGACAACUCACUCCUGGCUGGCGAUUUUCAGUGGCUUCAACGUUCUCACUCGAUACUCAGUGAGAUGCAAUCACGAGGCAAUUUAAUCUCAGGGUUUAUACAAGCACAAUUGCAAAAUCUGGAGCGAACAUUGACCGGGGCAAUGCUUCCCUCGUACAACGAAACAAAAUCGCUUGAUCCCUCUGAUGAUUCGCCAUUGAUGAAUGCUGGGGUUGGAGAUGCCGAUUGGCAGUUUUCGAUGACCACAACUCAGAUGAUGGAGAUCGCAGAGUCUCUGGAUGUUGAAGGAUUCGAUUGGUCUGUGGAUAGCAUGCUCUACUCAUGAGACAUCACAGGGUCCAUAAUUUCAAGAGAAUAGAUCUAGCAUUGAAGAACAUCGAGGACGCACGUACGUACAACACCUGCUGAUGUCGCCUCAACCCGAAUCAUGACAAAC